GUUCCUUCAUUAAGUGAACAUGAUAGGAUCUUUUGUGUUUGCCACCCUUUGUGUCGCUUCCUAUGGGUCGAUUCUCCCCGCGAAUGAUAUACGCCUGUAUGACAGUCGUAUCGUGGGCGGUGUAGAUGCACCUGAGGGGGCGAUCCCGUACCAGGCUUCGUUGAGAUCCUUGUUCAACUCCCAUUUCUGUGGAGGGACCAUCAUCAGCAAAAGAUGGGUGUUGACUGCAGCCCAUUGUACUGUUAGUCAAUCUCCAUACACCUUCCGCGUGAUAGUAGGAACCAACACCCUCAGUCAAGGAGGUGACUCCUACUCCGUCUCCAAAGUGGUGGUCCACAAUAAAUACGACUCUCGUCGCAUCACUAAUGACGUCAGCGUCGUUAGGGUGUCCAGGGAUAUCGAGUUCAAUGACCGAGUGCAGCCGAUACAACUGCCUGAUGAGAACACGGAAGCUGGAGCUGACCUGAUACUCACUGGAUGGGGGAGACUUUCAUACCCUGGAAUUCUUGCAAAUAAGCUGCAAAUGAUCAAACUAACGGCAGUGAGUUUAGAGAAAUGCCGGCUCCGGUACUUGGGCAUCAACAGCGUAUUUAACUCACAAAUAUGUUCCUUGACCAAGUCUGGAGAGGGUGCCUGCCACGGUGAUUCAGGUGGCCCCCUGGUGGAGAAUGGGCGUGUGGUUGGUGUGGUGUCCUGGGGUAUGCCUUGCGCUCGCGGCUUUCCUGAUGUCUACUCGAGAGUCCACUCCUUCAAAGACUGGAUCCUGGAGAAAACCUCUGAGAAUGAAUAGAUUUAAGAAAUUAUAUUAUUUUCCAAUUUGAUUAUAAUAAAACAAGUAAUAU